GGAGGAAGAGGAGGAGGAGGAGAGCAGGACGGUCAGAGAGCUGGAGAGAGUCACAGUGUGGAGAGCAGGAAAGCAACAACACAAAGUGGAUGUUUGGACGCAGAUACUUCCAUGAUUGGAAACUUUUAUACUGGCGAGGACACAAUAUGGACUUUUGACUUCACGUCGAGGAGAACUCAUUUCUGGCAAUCGCAUAUUUUGAGAACACGAGAGAAAAAACACCUCCCAAAUAACUGCCACACACCACCGGGAUGUUUAGAUGAGAGCAGUAACUCCAACAGGAGGCAAGAUGCAAGUUGUGACCCUGCCCGGUUGAGCAGCCUCGCCUCCCUAAGCUGUAUCCAGUGCUGUGGUGCCCUCUGCUGUGUGACCGAGGAAGGCCAGGCAGCAUGGGGAACACAUGGGAGGAGGGGAUGAACCUUGUCAUCGUCGAACACUACAACCACUCGGGGAAGUGGGACCGGCCUCGCAGCGGCAGCGCCUGCAAGAUGGCCGUGCUGCUCUUCAUCUGCGUGCUGAUCGUUCUGGAGAACGUCACGGUCCUGCUCGCCCUCUGGAGGAACAAGCGCUUCCACAGCCGCAUGUACUUCCUCAUUGGAAACCUGGCGCUGUCGGACCUGCUGGCCGGCGUGGCCUACGUGGUCAACAUCUUCACCUCGGGAAAAAACACCUACUUCCUGACGCCGGUGCAGUGGCUGGCCAGAGAAGGGAGCAUGUUCGUGGCCCUCAGCGCGUCAACGUUCAGCCUCUUGGCCAUCGGCAUCGAGAGACACAUGACGAUGGUGCGUUUGCGUCCGUGAGAGACAGCAGGUCGGGGGAGACUUUUAGGACUGUUGGCAGCCUGCUGGCUUGUGUCAGUGCUGCUCAGUGCCCUGCCAAGCCUGGGCUGGAACUGCCUGAACAAUAGAGCCUCCUGCUCCACGGUGCUGCCGCUCUACGCUAAGAGUUACGUGGCGUUCUGCAUCAGUGUGUUCAGCGCCCUGUUGGUGGCCAUCAUCAUCCUCUACAUCAGGAUCUACCGCUUGGUGACCUCCAGCGGCCGCAGGGUGAGCAGCAGACCUUCAGAGCGCUCGCUGGCCCUGCUGCGAACAGUGGUUAUUGUUCUUGGAGUGUUUGUCAUGUGCUGGACCCCCCUCUUCCUCCUGCUGCUGCUGGACGUUGGUUGCAGCCCACAUAAUUGCCCCGUGCUCUACCAGGUGGACUGGUUCAUAGCCCUGGCUGUGCUCAACUCUGCCCUCAACCCUCUGAUAUACACUCUAUCGAGCAGGGAGAUGAGGUUGGCCUUCUUCAGGCUGCUGUGCUGCUGUCAGACCAGCAUGGAGCACACAGGGACUCCUGUGGCGGGCAACCCCCACCUGGGCACUGUCAUUCCCACAGCGGAGAACAGCAAGACCAGCGGAGGAGGGGGCAGCGGGGCUGGCAAGUCUACGCUGAAUAGAGGGAAGGUUCCCACACCUAUCAACUCUGACAACAAGCAUGGAGAUCCCUCAGCCACCUCUGUGCCCCAUCCCUCUGGGCCUGCAGACCUGCUCUCAGCUGUGCUGGUGAAGGCCGGGGCGCUGCCGCCCCUAAGCAAGUUCUGAGUGGAAGCAUCUUAAAAGGGAUAGUUUGGGUGUUUUGAAGUGGAGUACUAAUCCAUAGUUAGUGUAAUACCUACAGUAGAUGACGGUCGGCACACCCUCAGCUUGGAGAAACAGACAGGAGUUACCCCACAGAACAAAAGCAACGUACUGCUGUGGACGGGAGCCGGCAGCAAAAUGUAUUUUAGUCACCUAACAGAAAGGCCCACCUAAAAAAGUCAAUAUUAGUAUAAGUGUACGCUAUAUUUCGAAUAUUUUUGCCAGUUUACCUUGCUUUGAGACAUCUAUACUGUCUAUGUUUCCGACGGGGUAACUGAAGUCUUUAUCUAUGCUCUCGCCAAAGCAACCAGACUCCAGUGAAAAAAACUGUAAUUUUACCUCGCAGAACACGGGGGUUGCUGGUCUACCGCUGCC